AAAAAAUAAAAAGAUUGGGCUGAUAUCAAACUUACACAAAGAGCCCACAAAAUCAUCUAAUAAAUUCCAACCCCAAACUUGGUUUCUUUCUUCUGCAAAAUUGUUACCCAUUGGCAAUCUACUUGAAAAAAAAAAUGAAGAAAGGAAUUCACCCUCAAAUGCAAUGGAUAUCCUAUGUGACGCAAAGUGGACGGUUGAUGCAUGUCAUGAUGACCAAAAUACACCAAACAGGCAAGGUUUAUCACAUAAGGGCAAGGCGUCAGAUGGCUCAAAGUAUUGGCCAGAUUGCAAAGUUUAAGCGCCGGUAUGGUGAGAAGGAGGAAGAGGAGAACAAAACAGAGAAAUGAAGAUUUAAAUUGGAAAUAGAGUGAAUCUCUAAUGAUUUUGUGGAUGGAUUCAUUCUUUACUGGCCUUCUUGUAUGCUGUAUUGCUGUUGCCCUUUUGAAUAUCUGUUAAACAUUAGCGUAGAACCAUUUUUCCUACCGUGCACACCAGUUCAGUGAUGUUUUGUGCAGCAACUAUUAUGGCUCGUCCUCCAUUCACCGUCACCUUGUAUGAAAACAUUUUAUGAGGUUUAAUAAGAAACUUUGGCGUCUCUAUCUCUUUA